AUGCUCUUUUUACCAUCAACAACCGUUUCCGCCGCGGCGCACUGCACACCACCGCACCCAAUCCCUUCUGGAGAUCCCAAUUCCAGCUCGCAUUUCCGUAGUUUUCCAGGGAGAAAGACUGAGCUGAGCCAUUAUCUGCGACUCCAUUACUUGACAGCGGCCGAAGAGCUGCUAGAAGCAGUGGAUCGAACAGUGAGUGUGGCGGCACGGAAUGAGGAUUCGGCUCUGGAGGAGCAGCUAGCAGCACUGGAGCCUGUGGGAGUGCGCAAGAUGUCAGCUGCAAGGGAGAAGGGCAAGCUAGACAGGUCGAAAACAAAACCAACAUCUAGUAGAGCCACUAACGGGGCAGCUCUUAAAGGGUCUGUCAGCGCUCCUCUGCUGGACGAGCCUGGAAGCUCGUCGGAAACAGAGGGGAAAGCAGCAGGCACAGCAGGGGUGCGAGGGGGGAAGGGUGGCAGGAGAAAGAAGGUUGAAGCGAGCUCUAGUGGCGGGUCGACCGGUGGAGGGUCAACCGGUGGAGGUUCAACUGGUGGAGGUUCAACUGGUGGAGGUUCAACUGGUGGAGGUUCAACUGGUGGAGGUUCAACUGGUGGAGAUUCAACUGGUGGAGGUUCAACUGGUGGAGGUUCAACUGGUGGAGGUUCAACUGGUGGGGGAUCAGCAGCAGGAGGAUCGACUGGUGGGGGUUUAAGUGGGGGAGGUACAGCUGUGACUGUUGGGAGCUUAAUCGCUGCUGGUGCAGGGUCAGACGCUAUCCUUGUUGUGGGUGGUAAUGCUGCUGUACCUCUUGAUGCAGGUGCAGACCAGAGGGGGGCAGGUGUGGAAGCAGCAAGUGCAGAGGAAGGAACGGCAGGGGGAGCAUCAGCGGGAGAAGCAGCAGGAAGAGGGGAUGGGAGCCUGAGUUCUCAUGCUAGUAAAGCUGCCGCUGCUGCUGCUACGACCGGAGCUGCCGAGGCAGGUCUGGAUGCCGGGCCAGUUGCUGGUUCAGCAACUGGUUCGGCAGCUGGUUCGGAUGCAGGCUUGAGUGGUGGAUUGAUGAUAGAGACAGUGACAGGUGCGGAUGGUGUGAAUGCUGGGAUUGCAACAGAGGCAGGAGGGGCAGCAGGGAGCGAAGCAAGGGGCGAAGAAGGAGCAGGGAGUGAGGGAGGGAGUGAGAGGGGUGUGCAGGGUAAGGUCACAGAGGGGGAAGGAUGUGAGGGUAAGCCCAGUGCGUGUUCCUCUGGCGAGUUGUCUUCAGGUGGCGAAAGGAGGGAUACAGAGGGAUCCAGUGCGGUUGAGAAGCAAGAUGCUGCGGUGGAAGGAGGUUUUCCAGUGGCAGCUGACGGCGGGGGGCUUAUAAGAGGUCAACUGGCAGGGAGGUUGGGACCAGGAUCAGAGGGGGAAGGGGGGAGUGGGAAGGGGGGAGAUUUGGGAGGAAGCGAGGUAGGAGGAGGGGAAGCGGCUGUUACUGAGGGGGUUGAAGGGGAAAUGGUGCAUGAGAAUGGGAGGAGAGAAGGGGUGGAGAGCAGUGUAAAGGCUGAGGCUGGGAUUGGGGUUGGGAUUGCUGGCAUGGAUGUGACAGGCGGAGAGGGAGUUGGGAGUGAUAGUAAGGAGGUAACGACGAGAGGGGUUAGAGAGGGGAGGUUAGAGAAUGGGGAAAAGGAGGAGGAUGGGGAAGGGAGGAGAAGAGUAGGGGAGCAAGGGGGGGUGGAAAUGGAGGAGGGAGGCGGAGUGGGGGAAGUAGAGGGCGAAGAGGAGGGAGGGGAAGGAGAGGAGGAAGAGGAGGACGAGGGGGUAGAGGAGGAAGGGGAGGAGGAAGGGGCUGAGGAAGAGGAAGAGGAGGAGGAGGAGGCGGAAGAGGAGGGAGUGGAGAGGGACAGGAAGACAAGGGAGAAGGUGGUGAAAGCGUCAGAGACUCAGAGGGAUCUUGAGGAGGCUAAGGGGCUUCUCCGAUCAGCCACAGGCAUUGGACAAACCAAAGAGGCUAGACUGGCACGGAUUUGCUCGCAGCUGUCGACGCGGCUCCAGGAGUACAAGGCAGAGAACGAGCAGCUGGAGGAGUUGCUUCACGAGGAGAGGAACAACCGAGGGUCGGUGGAUAGCGUUGUACGGGCACUACAGCAGCAGCUGGCGAGUGCACGGGCAGAGGCAGUGGCAGCAGAAGCAGCGGUGGCAGCGGGCAUGGAAGCUAAGAACCGCGAGAUAGAGGCGCUGUGUGGCGCGCUGGAGGAUGCUGAGAGGCAGUCCGCUGCCCUCCAAGCCAAAAUGGCCUCCCUGCAGGCGAGCUCUGAGGCGCUGUCCAAGAACCGCGACUCUACAGAGGCGCGCAUGAUCCAGGCGCUCAGAGAGGAGCUGGCUGCUGCUGAGAGGCGGUGCGACGACGAGCAUGCAGCACACCUCGCCACACGCCAGGAAGCAGCAGCGCGCGAGCUGGUAUUGGAGCAGCAGGUGGCGGAGGGUGUGGCGGCGCUGUCUCGCAUGCAGAGGGCUGUGGAGGAGCGCACACAGCGGGUCUCGUCCCUGGAAGAAAAGAUAUCUGUGCUGGAGAUGGAGUGCAGCAGUCUGAACAGCGAGCUACAGGCACAUGACGACAAGGCCAAGAGGGACCUUAGGCGGCCAGUCACAGCAGACGACCCCUCCGUCCUCGCGCAGGUGCAGGCAUGGAAGGAGGAGGCGGAGCGAGCAAGGCAGCUGCUGCGAGAGGCAGAGGGGAAGCUGGCAGGCAGCGAGGCAGAGGUGCAGAAGCUGAGGGUGGAGGUGGAGGCUCACAAGAGAGACGCAGACUCAUCCUCGUUACAGGCCAAUGCAGAGAUGGAGAAGCGGUUCAAGGAGUUGACAGAGCUGCUGUGUCUGAAGCAGAGUCAAUUGGAAGCAAUGACGAGUGAGAGGCAAGCGGCAAUGCUGCAACUGGACAAGGAGAGAAGAGAACUGCAAGUGGCCAAGGCGCAGGCAGAGAGGGACAGAGCGGCACGCCGGUCGAUACUGAUGGCAGCGGAUGAUGAGGACAGCGAGAUGCAGCCGCUGGAGUCCGUGGGUCUGCCCAACCGGCGCUUCAUAGGCAAGAGGAUUCAGCAAGCAGCAAAACUCAUCGAUCACGGCACAGUGACUGCCGGCCGCUUCCUCUGGCGCCGCCCUCUGGCCCGCCUUGGACUUGUCUGCUACCUGGUCUUCGUUCAUCUGUUUCUCAUGUACCUACUGCACAGACUACAGGAGCAAGCGGACGAGCUGUUGAACAAGGACCAGGUGUACUUGGCUGCAGAGGCAGCAGCAGGGAUCGUGAAGCCCCACCCCGCUCGCCGUUAG